UGCGGUGUAUGUAUGCGGAUGACCUGAGCACCUGAGCGACCAGUCAUGGAUGGACAAACGAAUUGGAGGGAGGGAUCGCCACGGAGAGUCCAUUUACAUCGGCAUCGCACGCUGCCAUGAUCUACAAUUGCCUUCGAAUUCGAUCAAUCGAUGGAGACGAAGGUGGGAAGCGUCGACGGAGUGGCGCGGCCAAUGUGCAGCGUCAUGGGCGGGCUCCCCUGGGCCGCCUGCCACACCGUCGCCCCCGGCGGCGGCGGCGCCUGCUCCCCGGACUCCACCCUCGGCCGCUACAUUGCCCGCCGCCUCGUCCAGGUGGGCGUCGGCGACGUCUUCGCCGUCCCCGGCGACUUCAAUCUCACCCUCCUAGACCACCUCAUAGCGGAGCCCGCGCUGCGCGUCAUCGGCUGCUGCAACGAGAUCAACGCCGGCUAUGCGGCCGAUGGCUACGCCCGCUGCCGCGGAGUCGGGGCCUGCGUCGUCACCUUCACCGUCGGCGGCCUCAGCGUCCUCAACGCCAUCGCCGGCGCCUACAGCGAGAGCCUCCCGCUGAUCUGCAUCGUCGGCGGGCCCAACUCCAACGACUACGGCACCAACCGCAUCCUCCACCACACGAUCGGCCUCCCGGACUUCUCCCAGGAAAUCCGCUGCUUCCAAACAGUCACUUGCUUCCAGGCGGUGGUGAACAAUCUCGAGGACGCGCAACAGCUCUUGGACACCGCCAUUUCCACCGCCUUGAAGGAAAGCAAACCCGUCUACAUCAGCGUCAGCUGCAAUCUAUCGGGAAUUCCACAUCCCACUUUUAGCGGCGAUCCAGUUCCCUUCUUCCUCUCUCCCAAGUUGAGUAAUCAAAUGAAUUUGGAGGCCGCCGUGGAAGCCGCGGUAGAGUUCCUGAACAAGGCCGCGAAGCCGGUGAUGAUAGGGGGCCCAAAGCUCCGGGUGGCCAAGGCCGGCUCGGCGUUCGUGGAACUAGCCGACGCGUGCGGCUACGCGAUCGCGGUGAUGCCGUCGGCGAAGGGGCUCGUUCCCGAGAACCACCCGCGGUUCGUCGGCACCUACUGGGGCGGCGUCAGCGCGGCCGGCUGCGCCGAAAUCGUGGAGUCCGCCGACGCUUACCUCUUCGUCGGGCCCAUCUUCAACGACCACAGCUCCGUGGGCUACUCCCUCCUCCUCAAGAAGGAGAAGGCCAUCGUCGUGCAGCCUAACCGGGUGGUGCUCGCCGACGGCCCGGCCUUCGGGUGCGUUCUCAUGGAGGAUUUCCUCCGGGCGCUCGCCAAGCGGGUCACGUCCAACACGAUGGCCCACGACAACUACCGCCGGACCCUCGCGCCCCCCGGCGAAGUGCUAGAGUCCCAGCCCGACGAGCCUCUCAAGGUCAACGUGCUCUUCAAGCACAUCCAGAACAUGUUGUCGAGCCACACGGCCGUCAUCGCGGAGACCGGCGUUUCUUGGUUCAAUUGCCAGAAGCUGAAGUUGCCGGAGGGAUGUGGAUAUGAAUUCCAAAUGCAGUAUGGCUCAAUCGGCUGGUCAGUGGGCGCGACGCUCGGCUAUGCUCAAGCUGCAAACGAUAAACGUAUCAUUGCCUGCAUCGGCGAUGGUGGCUUUCAGAUGACAGCUCAGGAUGUUUCUACCAUGCUCAGAUGCGAGCAAAGGAGCAUCAUAUUCCUCAUAAACAAUGGAGGAGAGAUACAUGAUGGCCGAUAUAAUGGCAUCAAGAACUGGAACUACACUGCUCUGAUCGAUGCCAUCCACAAUCGGGAAGGCAAAUGCUGGACAACAAAGGUUCAGAGUGAGAAGGAGCUGAAGGAGGCAAUUGAGAUAGCAACCAAUGAAAAGAAUGACUGUUUGUGUUUCAUUGAUGUGGUUGUGCACAAGGAUGAUGACACGAACAAGGAAUUGUUGGACUGGAGCUCAAGGGUUUGUGCUGCCAAUAGUAGACUCCCAAAUCCUCAGUGAAUCUCUUCGACAUGCUAACUUCAUCAAUUAUUAUUCCAAAUAAUUUUUGACAAAGAUAUAUCAACAAUGAUGUGAAUAAGAUAUAUUUUUGUGGCGA